UGAAAUUUAGGUAGAUUCGGCUCAUUUUAAGGAAUAACUACCAGAUCGGUAUGAUAAGGUAGUGAUAUAUAAGGCUCAUCAUGAAUCUGCAAUCCUUGUUUCAGGAUUUCAAUCCGAGCAAAUUUGUUGUCCAUUGUUGUUUGUUCUCUUUCACAAUUUUAUUCUGCUUGAGAUUAGACGAUUACAUCGAUUGGCCUUAUUGGGUUGUUUUCGUUCCACUAUGGGUGUGGAAAAGCAUUGCUACUCUGGGUGCGAUUGUGGGAGCUAUUGUAUGGUGCCGCUAUCCACAUUACAGAGUCGAAGGGGAUUCGUAUUCGCACUUCAAAGCCAUGCUCAUAUCGCUUUCUCUACAUCUGAUAUUGCUGAUGUUCGAACUCCUCGCCUGCGAUCGUCUCACGUCCGGGCGCCACCUGUGGGUGCUUGUAUUUAUCCCACUAAUAUUCGGUAGUGCGGCUAGCGUAGGCGCUGGCGUAUGGGCAGUCAAACAUGAUCGUUCAUUCGAGCUUGAGUUGUUUUGUGCUGUGAAUGCCCUUCAAUUCGUAUUUUUACCUCUGAAACUAGACGGACUUGUUUCAUGGAGCUGGGAAGUCGUUUUUGUACCACUAUGGAUUGUGUUAUGUCUUAGUUUAGUUGCUGUGCUGUACAGCAUCAUAUUUAGUGUUAUCUUGCUGCGCACACCAGAAGUUUCCGUACAGCAGAAAAAAUCUGCGUUCUACUCUGCCAUCGGAAAUUGCGCCACCGUAAUUCCAGUACUUGUUUUCCAAGUACUCUUAGCAGAUAAACUUGAUGAGGAUCUUAACUGGCCGUACAUAGCUGUCGCUGGACCGCUACUCUUUGCCCUAUUCACGUUAAUUAUUCUUAGCUUCAACGCUAAAGGAGGAAACAAAUGGUGGUUUGGCAUACGCAAAAAUUUUAGCCAAUUCUUACUCGGAGCGCUUCCAUGUUUACAGGAGUAUGGUAACAUAUCAUAUCACACAGAUAGUGGCCAAACCAUGCCGCUAGACAGCACUACCGUGCAGCUGGAUGAUUUUGAAAAAGGCGAUAGGAAAACUAAAAAAUCACAAACUAAAAAAAACGACCAUCUGAAACCUGUGGUACCGAUCGUAAGCAUAGAGCUGCCGGAUUAAUUUAUUAUGAUAA